GCGAGGCCGCAUCGGCGGAGCGUUGUCGCCUGCGCCAUCUUCCGGCUUCAGGCGGCGGGUCCGCCGCUACCGAGGAGGAAGCGCACCCGGGUCUCCGGGAAGCGCGGCCACGGUGGCACCUGGAUCCUUGGAGUUGGCAGUGAAUACUGGACACACGGCCUCUGUACAGAGGUCUAUGUAUGUGAUGGAAAUGGAGUCAUCUGGUUUGGCCACUGCACCCACACCCCUUUUAUUGACUCAAGGCGGGGUCCCGAAGUGAUGCCCACCAGGUGUUAGCUCUGCCGUCUCAGGACUCUGACCCCCAAGAGGGGAACCAGGAGGAGGACCGGUCAGCCCAUGACAUUCUGAAAGUCAUGUCCCUGGAGCCGGACUCGUUCGGGGACGUGGCCGUGCUCUUUUCCCAAGAAGAAUGGGCGCGGCUGGCGCCCGCUCAGAGGGAGCUGUACAGAGACGUGAUGCUGGAGACGUACAGCCACCUGGUCUCGCUGGGUCUUGCCGUCUCCAAACCUGAUGUGAUCUCCUUCCUGGAGCAAGGCAAGGAGCCCUGGCUGGGGGAGAAGGCGGCAGCAGGAGGCCUGGGGCCAGAAUUGGAGUCCAGGUGUGAUGCUAAGGUGUCAUCUCCAAAGCAGCAUGUUUAUGAGGCAGAGCCGCCACAGUGGGAGGUGAUGGGAAGCCUUGCAAGUUACGGUCUUGAGUGCUCGAGGUUCCAGGACGACUGGGAGUGCAGAAGCCAGUUGGACGGACAGCAGGGAAGUCCGGAUGGACAUCUGAGUCCAGUGAUAAUCAAUGAUGAGGAAAUGUCUACCUUCAGCCAACCAGCAUCAUCAUUUCCUUUUUAUCAGAAAAUUCUUGCUGGAGAAAAACCCUAUGGAUAUGAUGACUGUAGAAAAGAGUUUUGGCAGGAAGACUUUCUUAUUAAUCAUCAAGGAAUUCAUACUAAUGAGAAACCCUAUAAAUGUAAGGAGUGUGGCAAGGCCUUUAAAUAUGGCUCACGACUGAUUCAGCAUGAGAAUAUUCACUCUGGCAAGAAACCCUAUGAAUGUAAUGAAUGUGGAAAGGCCUUCAAUUCCGGUUCAAAUUUCAUACAACACCAGAGGGUUCAUACUGGUGAGAAACCUUAUGAAUGUAAGGACUGUGCAAAGGCCUUCAGUCGAAGCUCACAGUUGAUUGAACAUCAGCGAAUUCAUACUGGCGAGAAACCCUAUCAAUGUAAGGAAUGUGGCAAGGCCUUCAAUAGGAUCUCACAUCUUAAAGUACAUUAUAGAAUCCAUACUGGUGAGAAACCCUAUGUAUGCAAGGAAUGUGGGAAGACCUUUAGUCAUCGGUCUCAGUUGAUUCAACAUCAGACUAUUCAUACAGGCAAGAAACUCUAUGAAUGUAAGGAUUGUGGGAAGGCCUUUAAUCAAGGCUCAACUCUUAUUCGCCAUCAGAGAAUCCAUACUGGUGAGAAACCCUAUGAAUGCAAGGCGUGUGGGAAGGCCUUCAGGGUGAGCUCACAACUUAAGCAACACCAGAGAAUUCACACUGGAGAGAAACCCUACCAAUGUCGGGUGUGUGGUCGGGCUUUCAAACGGGGCUCACAUCUCACUGUACAUUACAGAAUUCACACAGGCGAGAAGCCAUAUGAAUGUAAGAAAUGUGGAAAGGCCUUUGGUCAUUGCUCACAACUGAUUCAGCAUCAGGUAAUUCAUACUGAGGAAAAGCCCUGUGAGUGUAAGGACUGUGGGCGGAGUGCACAGCAUGCCUCAGCCGUGGCUCAACAGCAGAGAAUGCAUCACAGAGAAGCCCAAGUGAACGUAGUAAGUGUAGAAAAGCCUUCCAUCAGCACUUACCCCUUACUAAUCAUCAGAGAGUUUAUGUUAGCGAGCAGCCACGUGAAUGGGACCGGUGGGGAGAGCCCGUUAGCUUAGGCGUCACGACGCCUUACGUUCUGGAGAACGACUUGAAGAAUGUAGUACAGAUGAGAAUGCCCUCAUCCAGGCCGUCCCUCAUCCUGAAUCGUAAGAUUGGUAAUGAAGAACAAGUUUAUGGA